UCGCUCCGUACAGGCGCGACAGUCGUCCUCUCUCUACAUCUCAAAACCCUCAGCUCCAAGGUUUCUACUUCUCCGCUCCCCUCCCCUCCCCCCAAAUCCACAACCGCACGCACCCCCGCGCAUUCUAGCAUCACUGUCAGUCCAACGCACUACGGCGCAUCAAACGCAAGGUCUGAAGGCCCUUCUAACUUUCCCAUUUCAAAUCAGACUCAUAUUCAAGGUAGGCGCCUUUUCGCCUCCUAACAUUCCUCAACCUGCGCCACGGCGGAUUCUAGCAACCGGCCCCCAUACCGAUGUCCUGACGUUCCCCUUGCUUCCCCUCAUUGGAAUUAAUUCUAGGGUUAGGGUUUGUUCUCAGAUGGGGAACAAGGUCAGAGAUGAAUUAAUCUCGUCCGUCCGAUCCGUCCUCGGCCAAGAAUUCUCGGACAUGGACAUAAUCCGGGCUCUCCACCAGGCGAACAAUGAUGUUACCGCUGCGAUCAACAUCAUCUUUGACAUGCCUCACAUGUCCACACGAGAAAGUGUCACUCCCCAGAAGAAUCCCUCCAUUGAAAUCUCAUCUGGAUCCUCCCUCACUCCCAUUCCAAGUUCGAAUUCAAAUUCACCUGUGAAAACCGCCAAAGAUGGGAACCGGAGCCGGUCAUUAGAUUUCAAAAGUCCCGGCAAUGGUGAAGUCGUAGUUCUUGAACCUGAGGGCAAGCCUUCGAGUUCAAUCAACAGUGAUUGGUGGUUUGUCGGAAGCUCUGAACUCUCUGGACUGUCUACUUGCAAGGGGAGGAGACUCAAGGCCGGUGAAGGAGUGAUCUUUUCGUUCCCUUCUGAAAACCGCUUGAAUUCGCCUAAAUUUCCAGGCCGAGGGCGCUCUGUGUCUGCUUCCUCGGAAAUUGUGCGGUUCUCAACGAAAGAGUCAGGAGAGAUUGGCCGCAUUCCAAAUGAGUGGGCCCGCUGCCUUUUGCCACUAGUAAAGUCCAGGAAGGUCCGACUUGAGGGAUACUGUAAAUACUGCCCGGAUGUCCUCAGUAUCAUGGACACAAUUCUUUUGCUUGUCAGUGUAUACAUCAAUAGUUCUAUGUUCCAUACCUGCCACCAGAUUUCACUGAAGUCAGCCCGUCAUUUCACUGAGGAUUCAGUUGUUCAUCCACUUCCAACCUUGUUCAAAUUGAUUGGAUUGACCCCUUUUAAGAAAGCAGAAUAUACUCCGGAGGAUCUUUAUACUAGGAAAAGGCCCUUGGAUUCCAAGGACAGUUCUGGAGGUCAUAUGCCAAUAUUACCCUUAGAGAAAUGCCGGAGGUCAUCUCUUGAUGUCAGUGAAGCAGACAAUGAGGAGGUGACUAUUUCAGAUUCUGACCUGGAUAACAUUGUGGGUAUUGCGGAUGGUUCUGAGCUUGAGGAAAUGGAACCACCAAAUACUCUCCAGUGUGAACUCCGUCCUUACCAAAAACAGGCUCUUCAUUGGAUGGUCCAAUUGGAGAAAGGAAGCUGCUUGGAGGAAGCUGCCAGAACUCUUCACCCAUGUUGGAAUGCAUAUCAUCUUGCAGACAAGAGGGAACUUGUAGUCUAUUUGAAUGCAUUUUCAGGAGAUGCUACAACUGAAUUUCCCAGCACUCUCCAAAUGGCGAGAGGAGGAAUUUUGGCGGAUUCAAUGGGACUUGGGAAGACCAUUAUGACAAUCUCUCUCUUGCUGGCUCAUACUGAAAGAGGUGGUUCUGGUGCAUACUCUGCGAGUGAAGGCUCCAGUGAAACUAGUGAAGUGGGGGGAAUUGUUGACCAAUCUCCAAAUCCUUUAAAGAAAAUAACGAGCAUUUCCGGUUUCAAUAAGCUGAUGAAAUCUAGGAUUUCUCUUAUAGGUGGUGGCAAUCUGAUUGUUUGCCCUAUGACGCUGCUAAACCAGUGGAAGGCAGAAAUUGAAACUCAUGCUCAGCCUGGAUCCUUUUCUCUUUAUGUUCAUUAUGGGCAAAGCAGACCGAAGGAUGCAAAGAUUUUGGCACAGAAUGAUAUUGUUCUCACAACUUAUGGUGUAUUAGCAUCAGAAUUUUCAGCUGAGAAUGCAGAAGACAAUGGUGGACUUUAUUCCGUUCGAUGGUUCAGGGUUGUGCUUGAUGAAGCACAUACAAUAAAAUCUUCUAAAAGCCAAAUUUCCAUGGCUGCAGCUGCAUUAACUGCUGAUCGUCGCUGGUGUCUUACUGGUACUCCAAUUCAGAACAACUUGGAGGACAUUUAUAGCCUUCUUCGAUUUUUGAGGGUGGAACCUUGGGGAAACUGGGGCCUGUGGCAAAAGCUCAUUCAGAAGCCUUUUGAAGAGGGUGAUGAACGUGGCUUAAAGCUGGUCCAAUCCAUCUUAAGGCCAAUAAUGUUAAGAAGGACAAAAUCCAGCACAGAUAGAGAGGGCAGGCCAAUUCUUGUUCUCCCUCCAGCGGAUGUUCAGGUUAUUUAUUGUGAACUGUCAGAAGCUGAGAAGGACUUCUAUGAGGCUCUAUUUAAAAGAUCUAAGGUCAAAUUUGACCAGUUUGUUGAGCAAGGAAGAGUUCUUCAUAAUUAUGCUUCCAUUUUGGAGUUGCUUUUGCGUCUCCGCCAGUGUUGUGAUCAUCCAUUUCUUGUGAUGAGUCGGGGUGAUACACAAGAAUUCUCAGAUCUGAAUAAGCUUGCAAAGCGCUUCCUUAAAGGUGGUCAAGAUGCCGUACAUGGGGAACACAAUGAAACACCUUCAAGGGCAUAUGUCCAAGAGGUUGUGGAAGAGCUCCGUAAAGGAGAAAAAGGAGAGUGCCCAAUUUGUCUUGAAGCUUUUGAAGAUGCGGUAUUGACACCUUGUGCUCACUGCUUGUGCCGGGAGUGCCUCUUGGCAAGUUGGCGGAGUGCUACAUCUGGUCUUUGUCCUGUUUGCAGGAAAUCCAUUACAAGACAAGAUCUUAUUACUGCUCCUACAGAGAGUAGAUUUCAAAUUGAUAUUGAGAAGAACUGGGUAGAAUCCUCAAAAGUUUCCGUUCUUAUGAGAGAACUGGAAACCCUUCGUUCAACAGGCUCCAAAAGUAUUAUCUUUAGCCAGUGGACGGCUUUUCUUGACCUUCUGCAAAUUCCUCUUUCUCGUAAUAAUGUUACAUUUGUUCGUUUGGAUGGGACUCUAAACCUUCUUCAACGGGAAAAAGUAAUCAAGCAAUUUACUGAAGAAAAUGAGAUUUUGGUGUUACUAAUGUCAUUGAAGGCUGGGGGCGUAGGAAUAAACCUUACAGCAGCAUCAAACGCCUUUGUUUUAGAUCCAUGGUGGAACCCAGCUGUUGAGGAGCAAGCUGUCAUGCGCAUUCAUCGUAUUGGUCAAACUAAAAGAGUUUCAAUCAAACGGUUCAUCAUUAAGGGAACAGUGGAGGAAAGGAUGGAAGCCGUGCAGGCCCGGAAGCAACGGAUGAUCUCAGGGGCCCUAACUGAUCAGGAAGUCCGCAAUGCACGUAUCGAGGAGCUGAAAAUGCUCUUUACUUGAAUGUAAGGAAAUCUGGGGUUGUUUUCUCAUGUUUCCAACUUGGCAUAGAAGCAUGAGGAGUCAAGUGGCUAGCAAGGAAGCACCAUUUGCAGAAAAUCUCCACUGCAGGCUGUCAAUUGUGGCGUGAUUGGUUUACUGUGGUGAGUGGCUCCCACCCCGAUCUGUAUGAAAGAGACCUGUAACAUAAAGGAGAACUGUAUUUUUAGGCAAAUUUAUUGCCAAGCUGUUUUGAUUUUUAUUUUAAUUCAAGAAAAGUGAAAUAUUGGAACUGGAUUCAUGCAGCCGGCCCCAAUUAGUUGGGAUAAGGCUUAUAGAUGAUGAGAUGAUGAGGAAUCGAAAAAAGGUGAAAAGAUCACAGUUGCAAAACCGA